GCGCUCUCUUUUCCAACGCUGCCGCUGCGCGCUCGCCUGCCGCUGAGCUCGCCGGGCGCGCCGGGCGCGAGGGCGGCGAGUGCGCGCCGGCGGCCCUCUGCCCUCGCGGGGCCGCUGGAUGGCCUUCGACUGGCUCGAUGACGACCGCCAGCCGCUGCAGUUCAUCAUCUCGGUCUCGGAGGUGGCCAUCGCGGGCCUGAUGCUGCUGCUGAUGCUGUCGGUGUGGGUGUACGUGCUGGUGCGCGCGCGACGGCGCGGCGGCGGCAAGCUCUACCUACCGCGCGCAUCGCUCGGCAUGCUCGGCAUCCUCUGGAUGCUCGCCGUCUUCUUUUCGCACGUCGCGCUUUGGGACGUUCUCGGCGCAGCGGACGUGGUGGGCGUGGAGCUGACGCGGGACAAGGAGCUGGUCUGCCAGGUGACCCUCUCCGUCUCGCUCGGCCUCGCUGAGCCCGCCUUCCUCGCCCUCGUCGGAGAGGUGAUCCGCCUCAAGACGGCGGGCGAGGGCGCGCGCUACUGCCGCGCGCUGCGCCGGCUCUCUCCCUUCCGGCGCGCGUGUGUGGUCGCGCUGCCGUUCGCGCUGCUGCAGUCCGCGCUGAUGAUCACGACCGCCCUCGACCCGCACCUCCGCUACAUCCAGGAGUCGCCGGAGGAGGCGAAGGGGGUCUCGGCAGCGAAGCUCUUCCUGCCGCUGCCGCCCAUCCCGCUCGAGUGUGACGACGCCGCGCUGGACCAGCGCUGCAACGCUUCGUGGGUGUCGGAGGAGUACGAGGCGGGCAGCGGCGGCGAGGAGAUCGCCUUCAUCUACCCGUGGUGGCACGAGGAAGGGUGCGCCGUCUCGAUCGCCUCCCUCUCGCUCAACGCGGUGUUUGUGCUGCUCUUCGAGUUCUUCUGGACGCUGUGGUGCCUCCGCCUGGCCAAGCUCGUGCUGAACAUCAAGAUGAGGCGGCGGCUGCUCGUGGUGCAGCUGGCCUACACGCUCAUCCCGGUCGCGCUGAUUGCCCUCCGCCUGGUCCAGCUGCUGGUACCGUACGGGCUGCACGGCUUGCUGGCGGUGCUCAACCUGCUCGAGCUCCUGCUUGUCGUGCUGGCCUGCUGGGUCUGCAACCUGUCGCUGCUUUGGAGACCCGUCAACGAGAGCACCGCCGUCCUCGUGCCGAUCGACGAUGAUUGCCUCGUCGGCGUCGCGCCGCCGUCAAGCCAGCGCGAGCUCAGAUCUGGCGCGAGAUCGAGCCGAGAUCCGGCCGCCGGCGGCGGCGUCGAGGGCGGCGGCGGCGUCGAGGGCGGCGGCGGCGGCGGCGGCGGCGGCAGCGGCGGCAGCGACGGCAGCGACGGCACGCUUUCUCGGAGCGACACUGCGUCGUCUGGCGAGACGUCGCUAGCCACGGAGCGGUCCUCCUCUGGGGAGGCUGGCGGCGGCGGCGGCGGCGGCGGCGAGGCUGCCGAGCUCCUCUCUGCCGCGGGGGCGGCCGGGCCGGAGAGCAGCGAGGGCGGGGGCAGCUGCGUGCGGCUCCUCGGCGCAGAGGCGAGCCCGGCGAGGUGGGAGGGCGGCGCGGCCGGCGUGGCGGCGCCGGUGCCGAGGCGUCCGAUCCGCGAGAGGGUCGCAGCGUUGGAGUGUCGCAUAUGACGUUUGAGGCGGAGCCCGCUCGGGUGUACUCGGGGAGAGAGAGGAGAGAGAGAGAGAGAGAGGGGAGAGCCAGCCAGUGGCGCGAGAGCCGGUGCGGUACGAGAGUCGGCGAGAGGCAUCCGCGCGCGCGUGAGCGGUCCUUGUGGCCCUUGCGGGUGUGUUCCAGUGGCCGCGGCUCGCGCCGCGGUAAGCCAGUGCCAUGGUGUGUAUUUUACCGUUUGCAUCACAUGUGUUCAUGUUGUCAGCUACCCCAAAUCUUUAAAACUUCUU